CCCCAUCCCUUGUAUCCCGGACCCCUUCCCACAUAUCCCAGCCCCCAUCCCACACUUCCACACUUCCUAGACUUUCCUCCUCAUGCUCCAUACCCUUCUCCUGGUUUCCCAGACCUUUUACCACCCCUCCCAUCAGAUGCUCUCCACUCUCUCCAUCCCUCAUCCCAGUUCUCUCCCUCCCCAGCCCUUCCUUGCCCCGAGAACAGCCACUAUGAGCCGUGUGGCACCGCCUGCCCAGCCACCUGCUCCGACCUGGAUGCUCCCUCCUCGUGUGCCCUGCCGUGCGUGGAGUCCUGUGCGUGUGACCGCGGCCAUGUGCUGAGCGCGGGGCACUGUGUGCCUGUGUCCCGCUGCGGCUGCACCCGUGCUGGGCGCUACCACCGCCCCGGUGAGGAGUUCUGGGGGGACCACUUAUGCCGCUCCUGGUGCCGCUGUGACCCGGAGCUGGGCAUGGUUGUGUGUGAGGAGGCCAGGUGUAAGUCAGGUGAGGUGUGUGCCGUGGUGGAGGGCGUCAGGAGGUGCGUGGCCACCAACCGCUCCAUCUGCGUGGCCACGGGGGACCCCCACUACACCACCUUCGACGGGCACCGCUACGACUUCAUGGGCACCUGUGUGUACCUGCUGGCCGGGCUGUGCUCCCCUGACCCCACCCUCGUGCCCUUCAAUGUCACCGUGGAGAACAACCACCGUGGGGACAACCGGGUGUCCUUCACCAAGGUGGUCACCUUGGAGGUGUUCAACGUGAGCCUCAGCCUCAGCCAGGAGCACCCCAAGAAGGUCAAGGUCGAUGGCAUCCUGCUGGACCUGCCCUUCUCUCACCCCCACCACGAGCUCCGGGUGUCCCUGCGGGGUGUCCACGGCUUCAUCACCACGGCCUUUGGCGUCACUGUCACCUUUGACUGGCACAGCUACGCCCGCGUGAUCCUGCCCAGCACUUUCGCAGGUGCCGUCUGUGGCCUCUGCGGCAACGCCAACGGAGACCCCCACGAUGACUUCGUCACCCGCCAGGGCAACCCCGCCCACAAUGACACCCACUUUGGGGACAGCUGGAAGGUCUCCGAGGUCCCUGGGUGCUCCCCAGGGUGCACCGAGGGCUGCCAGGGGUGCAGCAACACCCAACGCCGCACCUACCGCGGGGACAAGCACUGUGGGGUCCUGGUGAAGAAACGGGGGCCCUUGGCCACGUGCCACGAGGUCAUUGACCCCGCCCCAUUCCUGGAGGACUGUCUGUUUGACACGUGUCUCUUCGAUGGCCACCACGACGCCGUGUGCCAGGCCGUGGGCGCCUACGUCAGCGCGUGCCAGAGUCGCGGCGUGGCCGUGGGGCCCUGGCGCACACACGCAUUCUGCAGCCCUGUGUGCCCCCCCGAACGAGCACUACGAGCUGUGUGGCCCCCCCUGCCCCCCGACUUGCCAGGACGAUGCGGCUGCACUCUGGAGGGUCGUUAUUACCCCCGGGGGGCGCAGUUCUACCCCUCCCCGUCCUGCACCCAGCGCUGCGUGUGCUCCAGGGGCGGGCACGUGGAGUGUGAGUCCACCCCGGGGUGCCCCCCGGGCCAGGAGUGCGGGGUGCGAGACGGGGUCCUGGGGUGCCACCCCCGCAGCACCUGCGGGCAGUGCCAGCUCCUGGGGAGAGGCAUCUACAGCACCUUCGGGGGGCAACUGGGGGGCUUCAAGGGGUCCUGCACCCUCCCGCUGCUGGAGAUGGACGCGGGGGACCCCGAGGAGGGGCCGCAGCCCCUCAAGGUGGCCCUGGAGCAGCACGAGGGGGAGGUGAGGAGGGUGACGGUGACGGCGCAGGGGAUGACGGUGGCCAUGGACAGGGGACAGCGCUGGGAGGUCACGGUGAGUGCGGGGCGGGGAAACCUGGGUUUGGGGGGCAAGUCCCGGUGGACGGCGAGCGCCACGUGCUCCCCCUGUGGCUAG